AUGGAAAACAAAGUGCUUUUUCUUCUUCUUCUUUUUCUCAUAUUUUGUUUUGUGAAUCAAUCAUAUGGGGAUCAAAUAGAUGAUAUUUGCAAAAAUAAUCUUGAUCCAAAUCUAUGUGAAGAUUCUCUUAGAAAAGAUCCAAAAGGACCUUCUGAUGAUUUUAAGGGGCUAGCAGGUACAAUUCUCAAUUUAUGUUUAAACAAGGCCAAAGAAAAUUUGGAUCAAGUCCCAAAAUUGGCUCCCCAAAAAUGCCUACAAAUUUGUGUUCAACAAUAUAAUUUGGCUGUCAAUACUUAUAUUCCUAAUUCAAUUAAAGAAUUGGGGUCUGAUCAAUUUGCACAAGCAACUGCCUCAAUUUUGCAAUCUGGAGAUAGAGCUCUCACUUGUGAAGAUUCAUGUGGUCAGUCUCAAUUGACUCAGAAAAACAAUGAAUUUGCUCACCUAGUACAAGUGUCUGGUGACGUUAUAAAAACUAAACUGUAA